AUGGCCGACUAUCAAUAUAACUCACGGGCUCCUGCCCAACGUCAGCGGGGGUAUCCCGACCAGAACGGGAAUUACCAACGAGAUGCCGCGUUCUCAAACAUCUUUGGCGCUGCCCCCCCUCCUGGGAGGUCCCAGACCAUGACAUCGUCCUCCGUCCCGCCAAUGAUUGACCAAGGCAGGACACAUACAAUGUCGUCUGCCUCUGGUAUGCGCCAACCGCCUCCUCGCCCCAGCCAGGGAUAUUAUGACGACCGUGGGCAGCCACCACCAAGGCCUCGACCCGGCGAUAAUCAUAUGGCAAACGGCCAUUAUCCGGGUCAACGCUCUGCUUCUGGUGGACCCCAAGUUCUCUCAUCCCAGGCACAAUACUUGCAACAGCAACAGCAGCAGGCAAGGCGCCCGUACCCGGGGCCCCCAGGCGCUGCGCCUCCACGGUUUGAUUCUCGUGGCCCGCCGUUGCCAUCUGGAGGUCCCAGGGCUCCAGUUCAGAGACCUUAUCCAGGAGGACAAGGCCCUGCAUUGAACAGUGACCCAUACCGAUCACAGUCUUUGGCUUCCAUGCCUCGCCCACAGAUGUACCCCCCCGCGCAGAAUUCUUACCAGCAAUCGUCCGCGAAUCAUUUUCGACAAGCACCCUAUACGCAGCAUGCUGCCCAAUCCAGAACGACUGCUCAGGGCAGAGUGGUACCAGAUCGUCAUGAGGAUCGCUCAAUGUCCUUGACUGGGGUUUAUCAUCCUCAAGAUCGCGAUGGCCAACAAACUAUGAGUGGGCGAGUUAUUCCCAAUCGGCGGGCACCAGCUGAGCUCACCUCAGGGGCUGGAUAUCCAGUUCAAAAUACUGGCUAUCCCCCUAUGCCAGGUACUCAGACGCGGACGGCAAGCAUGGCCUCUUCGACCAGCGGUGCGGAUCAUGGAAGAACUUUCUCUAUGGCCUCGGUGGCUUCAACGAUAGCUCCAUCCGAGUCUGACUCGGCCACGCUUGUGCAUAGACCAUCGCGGAGCAAGUCAAUUGAGAGCGAACGUCCGACGACUGCUACAACGAAAAUCCGCCCCCCGCUUGUAUACCCAGCUCUGCUUUCAAGAGUGGCUGAGUGCUUUCGGCAGAAGAUUAUUGUGGGCGACAGGACGAAGAACGAGCUCACGUAUAAGAACGCCUUCAGUGGCUCAGAGGCAGUUGAUGUGCUAUCCUACAUCAUCAGGACCACCGAUCGAAAUUUGGCUUUACUGCUUGGUCGGUCCCUGGAUGCGCAGAAGUUCUUUCACGAUGUCACUUAUGAGCAUCGGUUGCGUGACUCACAAUCAGAAAUGUAUCAAUUCCGAGAAACUCUGAUGGACGAGCCCGAAGGAAAAAAUCCUGUCGAUGGUGUCUUCGUUUUGCUCUCAGAGUGUUACUCGCCUACCUGCACGAGAGACCAACUCUGCUAUUCCAUUGCCUGCCCUAGAAGACUAGAGCAGGUUUCCAGACUAAACCUGAAGGUUAACCCUGGUGGGCUGCGCAAGGAAGAUUCGGCGAAUGUCAAUGACGACGAAGUCGACCAAACUGAUGAGCAGAAGCUGUGGAUCAAUUCGGUGCCUAAAGAAGUCGCUGAUGCGGUGAGCGAGCGAGAAAAGAAGAGGCAAGAGGUUAUAUCCGAAAUAUGCUACACCGAACGAGAUUUCGUCAAGGACCUCGAGUAUCUCCGCGAUUUCUGGAUUAUUCCUCUGCGGUCAAAAGCCUCACCCAUUCCCUUGCAACGCCGGGAGAAAGUUGUCAAGAAUAUUUUCAGUAACAUCAUCGACCAUCCAAGCGUCCACAAUGUUAGCUCGCGAUUCGCAAGCUCUUUGACGACUCGACAGCAAAAAGACCCCAUUGUGCAAAACAUUGGUGAUAUUUUCUUGGAAUUCGUGCCUCAAUUCGAGCCCUUCAUCUACUACGGCUCUAAACAGCUGGAGGCCAAGUUCGAAUUUGAAAAUGAGCGAUCAGUCAACCCUUUCUUUAGUAAACUAGUUGACGAAAUCGAGCGGCGAAAGGAGUCACGAAAAUUGGAGCUCAACGGCUACCUUACCAAACCGACUACGCGUUUGGCCAGAUACCCUCUACUACUGGAAAAUGUAUUGAAAUACACGGAAGAUGGUAACCCAGAUAAAGAAGACAUUCCAAAGGUCCUUACCAUUAUCCGAGAUCUUCUCGGAAGAGUAAACGCGGAGUCUGGUAAAGCUGAGAACCGGUUCAACCUCAGGAGACUUCAAGAGCAGCUUCGAUUCCGACCCAACGAACGGGUCGAUCUGAAACUGACUGAAGAUGGUCGCGAGCUUGUGUUCAAGAGCCAGUUCAAGAAAUCACCAACGGAUCCUGCCGAGCUAACAGCCUUCCUAUUUGACCAUGCUGUCCUACUUGUCCGUAUAAAGCAGACUGGCAAGGCGGAGGAAGUUAAGGCCUAUAGACGACCAAUUCCACUAGAACUGCUUGCAAUUCGAGAGAUGGAGGAAGUCAUCCCGUCUGACGGCACCGUCAAGCGCACAUCUUCUAGCAUCAUACCAGUCAUACGAACCAAUGCGUCUGAAGCUAAAAAAGGAGAUGGCUGGCCAAUUACCUUUAGGCAUCUUGGCAAAGCUGGAUAUGAGCUUACCGUCUAUGCCUCGAACCAGGCAGCACGUAAGAAGUGGCUGGAGUACAUUGACGCCGCACAACAGCGCCUCCGGGCUCGUGCGGAUUUCUUCACUACCAACAUCAUCUCAAGCAACUUCUUUGUUGGAACAAACCAGGUCAACUGUGUCUCGCCAUUUGACGGUGGUCGCAAACUUCUUUACGGUACCGACAAUGGCGUCUACAUCUCAGACCGCAAGAACAAGGAUGCGGUGCCCCGACGCGUUCUUGAAACAACUAGCGUUACACAAAUUGAUAUUCUUGAAGAAUAUCAGCUUCUUCUCGUACUCUCCAACAAGACAUUACAGUCAUAUUCACUGUCUGCUCUGACGUCGGACGAUCCUGCUCUGGCCAAGAGACCUAAGAAGAUUCAGAACCACUGUAGUUUCUUCAAAACCGGCAUCUGCAUGGGACGGCAUCUGGUCUGCUGUGUCAAAUCGUCAACCCUUUCUACCACGAUCAAGGUGUUUGAGCCUAACGAUGCCAUGACGAAGGGCAAGAAGCAGAAGGGUCUCGGAAAACUCAUGGGUGGUGGCUUUGAUGAGCUGAGACCCUUCAAGGAGUUUUAUAUCCCGACGGAAUCGUCAUCAGUUCACUUCCUGAAGUCAAAGCUUUGCGUGGCUUGUGCCAGGGGCUUUGAAGUUGUCUCUCUGGAGACUCUUGAGACACAGUCGCUUCUUGAUCAAGCGGAUACCUCAUUGGACUUUGUGGCCCGCAAGGAAGGAGCGAAACCUAUUCACAUCGAACGCCUCAACGGAGAAUUCUUACUUAACUAUUCCGAAUUCUCCUUCUUCGUUAACCGUAACGGAUGGAGGGCUCGACCGGAAUGGCGAAUCGACUGGGAAGGCUCUCCUCAGAGCUUUGCGCUCAGCUAUCCUUGGAUUCUUGCGUUUGAACCCAACUUCAUUGAGCUGCGCAACAUUGAGAAUGGUGCCGUACACAUUGUACCGCAUAAGAACAUUAGAAUGCUCCAUAGCAGCACUCACGAGAUUUUAUUCGCCUAUGAAGAUGAACGGGGAGAGGAUGUGGUGGAAUCCAUCGAUUUCUGGCAAAGCAACAGACGAUCAGAUGUCUUUGGUCUGCAGCCAUCACAACCUGCCCACCCGCGAUAG